CUCCCUCCCUACUGUGAAUCUGACAAGCCUGCCUUCCCUGCCUGCCGUCUCUCAACUCCUCUGUUGCUCUGCUCACCAGCCUGUUUACGUCUGCCAGGGACACACACACACCUCUCUCCGCUCCAGUCCGGUCUGGCGGUCCACUGUUAACCUCCUUUAGCUGCUACUUGUCUUUUGUAUUGGUUUUUGGAAGUGUUGGAUAUUUCCUGGUUUUUGUGAAUGGGCGGCCGAUGCGAGGUGGCUGUGACUGUGAAUGGACUGACUGACUGUCAGCUCUGGGUACACAAUUCUGAAGAGGCAAUGUGACAGGUCUCUGGACACCACUGGUAGACUCUGAAUUAUAAACAAACGGAAAGAAAGGAAUUAAGAAGAUCAGUGAGAGGACAAGGAGAGUCGAGGAUGGGCCACAGUGAAGAUGACCUGAUUGGGAUUCCGUUCCCCAACCACAGCAGUGAUGUCCUGUGCUGCCUUAACGAACAGCGCCGCGCCGGGUUGCUCUGUGACGUGGUGCUCAUCGUACGCGACCAGGAGUACCAGACCCACCGCUCGGUCCUCGCCGCCUGCAGCCUGUACUUCAAGAAGCUCUUCACCGUGGCCUCGGACGGAAGGGACAAGCACAGUGUGUAUGAGAUAGACUUCGUGGCCCCGGAGUCACUGACGGCCAUCUUGGAGUUCGCCUACACAUCUACACUAACGGUGACGGCGUCCAACGUGAAAGAAAUUCUUGGAGCGGCUCAGAUGUUGGAGAUCCCCUGCAUCGUCACCGUCUGUCUGGAGAUUAUGGACUCUGGCAAGGGAGGAGGAGGAGAGGGAGAUGGGGAGGAAGAUGAAGAGGAGGAGGAACAGGAGGAGGAGGAGGAGGAAGAGUCGAGGAAGGACGACCAGGAGGUUCAUGAGGAGGACAACGCCAGUGAGUGGUCAACGAGGUCGUCAGAGAGUCAGGACCAGGCCGAGUCGGAGAGAGGAGCACCACCCAGUACCUCUCAGUACCAGCACCAGUAUGAGCUGCAGAGGAACAGGAAGUGCACAGACAAAGACUCUCAGUGUGAGAAACCCAGCCCGGAGCAUGAGCGCAUGGAGAGCCGAGCCCUCAAGGACUUUUCCAUUGAGUCUCUGCUACAGGAAGGGCUGUACCCUAAACUGCCAUCAGUCCUGGACAGGAGGGACAACUUUUCCCCUCUGCUCCCUGGCUUCUACCCUCCCAUGUGGGCUGCAGAGUUCCCAGGAUUCCCCCCGCAGGUCCUCGACCCCAGCCACCACGCCCAGACCCCGACCCUCCACCGUUCCUCCCACCCUUCUCAACUGGACAACCGACCCUUAGACCUGGCCGUGAAGAGAGAGGUCGUCAAGGAGGAGCUGAAGGAGGAAGUCCCUCCCAGCAUGCUCCACAGUGACUUCCUGAAAGACUUAAUGACCUCCGGCCUGGGGGUGGGGGUGGUACGGUCCGAGGGGCCUCACCUCCACCCGGGUCAGAUAAAGCAGGAGGAAGACUUCCGCUCAUACCUGAGCUUCCUGAGUGCAUCAAGCCACCUGGGGGCACUGUUCCCUCCCUGGCAGAUGGAGGAGGAGAGGAAGAUGAAGCCCAAAGCAUCCCAGCAGUGUCCCAUCUGUAACAAGGUGAUCCAAGGGGCGGGGAAACUACCCAGACACAUGAGGACUCACACAGGAGAGAAACCAUACAUGUGCACCAUCUGUGAGGUGCGCUUCACCAGGCAAGACAAGCUGAAGAUCCACAUGCGGAAGCACACAGGAGAGCGGCCCUACGUCUGCCUCCACUGCAACUCUAAGUUUGUCCACAACUACGACCUGAAGAACCACCUGCGUAUCCACACAGGGGUGCGGCCCUACCAGUGUGAGCACUGCUACAAGAGCUUCACACGCUCAGACCACCUGCACCGACACAUCAAGAGGCAGAGCUGCCGCGUCUCACGCCCUCGACGAGGCCGCAAGCCCGCCGCCUGGCGCUCAGCCAACAACUUCCUGCAGGGCCCUCCUAACUCGGCCAAUCACCACGAGGAUGGCAAGGGCGGCUGCCGGCUCCUGCCCUCCUCCCAUCGAAGCGUUAGAGGUCACGGUCUGGGCCUAGGGGAGAGAGAGAGACAGGCCCUGGGUGGUAAGGGUCUGGGCUAUAAGGACUUGGACAGUGACAGCAGAGAGAGCCGGGAGGGCCGGGAGGCUAGAGAGGGCCGGGAGGGCCGGGAGGCUAGAGAGGGCCGGGAGGGCCGGGAGGGCCGGGAGGCUAGAGAGGGCCGGGAGGGCUGGGAAGCUAGAGAGGCCAGAGAGGGCCGGGCGGCUAGAGAGGCUCGGCAUCACCAGUCAGACAGGAAGCAUGUGGUUGACAAGGUAGAGCUGGAGAGACAGAGGGGCGUGUUCACCUUUGCCCUGGCGGGGCCUGGGGGGGAAGUCCUUACCCACCCUCCAUUUUACACCCCGACCCCUGACCCCUGGACCAUUAGACUGGAGAACCACGCCUCUACCAUCCCUGAGCCGACCAACUGACACAGAUUAAAGAUAAUAGAACAGAGACAGUGCCGGCCAACUGACACCUGAACAGAGAGAGAGCCGGCCAACUGACACCUGAACAGAGAGAGAGCCGGCCAACUGACACCUGAACAGAGAGAGAGCCGGCCAACUGACACCUGAACAGAGAGAGAGCCGGCCAACUGACACCUGAACAGAGAGAGAGCCGGCCAACUGACACCUGAACAGAGAGAGAGCCGGCCAACUGACACCUGAACAGAGAGAGAGCCGGCCAACUGACACCUGAACAGAGAGAGAGCCGGCCAACUGACACCUGAACAGAGAGAGAGCCGGCCAACUGACACCUGAACAGAGAGAGAGCCGGCCAACUGACACCUGAACAGAGAGAGAGCCGGCCAACUGACACCUGAACAGAGAGAGAGCCGGCCAACUGACACCUGAACAGAGAGCGAGCCGGCCAACUGACACCUGAACAGAGAGAGAGCCGGCCAACUGACACCUGAACAGAGAGAGAGCCGGCCAACUGACACCUGAACAGAGAGAGAGCCGGCCAACUGACACCUGAACAGAGAGAGAGCCGGCCAACUGACACCUGAACAGAGAGAGAGCCGGCCAACUGACACCUGAACAGAGAGAGAGCCGGCCAACUGACACCUGAACAGAGAGAGAGCCGGCCAACUGACACCUGAACAGAGAGAGAGCCGGCCAACUGACACCUGAACAGAGAGAGAGCCGGGCCAACUGACACCUGAACAGAGAGAGAGCCGGCCAACUGACACCUGAACAGAGAGAGAGCCGGCCAACUGACACCUGAACAGAGAGAGAGCCGGCCAACUGACACCUGAACAGAGAGAGAGCCGGCCAACUGACACCUGAACAGAGAGAGAGCCGGGCCAACUGACACCUGAACAGAGAGAGAGCUGGCCAACUGACACCUGAACAGAGAGAGAGCCAGCCAACUGACACUUCCAACAGAUAACUGAUGCUUCAUCUCAUACUUCUAAGAACAAUACAGAACAGAAAGUUCUCUGCCUGAUAGAUGUUCUACCUGCUGUUUAGAGAUACAAGGAUAUUAGCCUGAGGAGAUGAGAGUUUGAGGGGAGUGAUUGUCUGGGAAUAUAAAUGUAUAGAAAACAGGGGAAUUACUGGAAAACAGUUGAUUUUAGACAUCUCAGAUCAAAAUCACAAGGAUUUUUAUAAAAACAUUUAAUUUGUAGAAAUAAAACUGGAUGAAUAGAUUUUGUAUGUUGCAAAAGUACACCCACACAAAAGAAUACUCUCAGGACAUUAUAUAAUUGUUUAUCUUUGGAUUGUAAUUGUUUAUCUUUGGAUUCACUACAAUCAAUGUAAAUGUCUAAUUCAUAGCAUAAUUCAUAGUAUACUUAAUAUUAGCAAUAGGUUGUUUCUCAAAUUCACAGUCUACAAAAAAAAUUACUAAUAUCAGCCGUUAUUUAUAAACGACAAACAGAUUCCAAAUCCAUCCAAAGUUGAAGACCAAUAUCAGUUCUAAUAGGCAGGGUAGUGUAAGCCACCGAAGAACAUUCAAAACCAGGACAAAUUAUUCACUUGACUUAAAAAAUAUAUAUCUAAUAGAUCCGAAACUUGUUUUCACCCUUGUAUUGCCUUGUUCUCAGGUUUUGUAAAUAUCUACAAAAUGUUUUAAAGAUUUUGACCAUAGUAAUAUUGAUUAUUGUUGUAUUCUACUUUUUUAUCAUCGAUAACCCAUCCAAAGGUGUGCCGUUUGAUAUUUCACACAUUUUUCACAAGCCUUGUGUUACAUAUGGUAUCUGUGUUUCUUCUAAAGACCAAGACGUGUACAAUUCGUUAGACUGAUAUACACUGAAUUAUUGCUUUAGCUAUGCCCUGCUCCUGAUUGGAGUGUUAAGACCAUGAAAGAGGAUUCUACCCUAUGUUCAUAUAGUGCUCUUAACUGAUCUAUGUACAAAUAUUGCUAUUCAGAAUUGUUUGAAUUGAAAUGAAAUGGGAAACUAUUUUCUUGCUAUUUAUGCAUAUUUAAAUGAGCCUUGGCUAUAUUUAGCAAAUAUGUUGUUUUAUAAAAACACUAAAUGUUGUA